UAAAAGAAAAGAAUAUAUGCGGGGAGGGAGGCAUUGGGUGAUUUGAAGGCGAAGAAAGCCAAACAGGUGAGUUUGUUUCAUUUGAUGUACCCAUUUGAUGCUGUGCCUGUGGGGGCGAAGAAGGGGUUUGUUUCAUUUUCCAACGCUCACAGAAAAAAUUAGAAAAUAAACCCAUGAUUGAAGGCUCGAUCUCCUCUUGAUGUGUGCUCCCUUCGUUUCCUGAUCUAUUUUCUGGAGCUUGCCAAUUAUCAAUGGAGAGUGCAUGCAUUACUGGUGGAUGCUACAUUCAUUUAUUGGGUUUAUAACGGUAUUAGUGGGCUCUCUUUUGACGUUCCGGACAUGGAAGACAAGAACAAUGGAAGUCGUAUGACAUCAGCUGCAGCAUUCGUGGAAGGGGGCAUUCAAGAAGCAUGUGAUGACUCUUGCAGCAUAUGCCUUGAGGAUUUUAGUGAAAGCAAUCCUUCAACGGUUACUACUUGCAAGCAUGACUUUCACCUGCAGUGCAUUCUUGAAUGGUGUCAGAGGAGCUCCCAGUGCCCUAUGUGUUGGCAGUCUAUUAGUUUCAAGGAUUCUACCAGUCAAGAAUUAUUUGAGGCAGUGGUUCAGGAAAGGAAUUUGAGAGUUACUUCUUCAAGAAAUGCAGCUGUUUUCCAUCAUCUGGGUCUUGGUGGUUUUGACUUGCAGCAUUUAUCCAUGGGAGUAAGUGAAGCAGAUAUUGAAGAGAGGAUAAUGCAACAUUUAGCUGCUGCUACAGCCAUGGGAAGAGCUCGCCACCUUGGUCGGAGAGAAGGAAAUAGGACUAGAUCAUAUCCUCAUGGUCGUCCUCCCUUCAUAGUGUUCUCAACUCCUCCACCUGGUGCUGUCUCUGCUGCUGGAGGGGGGACCGAACCAACUGCAAUUCCUGUAAUAAAUCCGUCCACCCCUCUUACAUCUGAAAGAGAUGAACAAUCACAGCAGAUCCCAAACCUUCAAACACAGGGUUCUUUACCUGCUGGAUCUACUGUCACGGAGGCAAAUCGUCAAGGAAUUCUUUUUAAUGAUCGCAGCUCCGCUGUCCAUUCUGUGCCUCCUGACCAGGGCAGAGCAGGACCAUCAGAACUUCAGUCAUUUUCCGAGUCUCUGCGAUCCAGACUUGGUUCAGUGUCUAUGAGAUACAAAGAGACUAUUUCAAAGGGCGCAAGGGGAUGGAGGGAAAAGCUGUUCUCUCGUAGUACGUCCAUGUCUGAUAUUGGUUCAGAAGUUAGGAGAGAGUUGAACGCUGGAAUUGCUAGUGUGUCCCGAUUGAUGGAGCGCCUUGAAACAAGAGAACAGAAUGAUAGGGCAGGGGAUAGCUCUUUGUCAAAUCAUUUGGCUGCAGAGACAAGCAACCCAAACAAUGCCGAAGCUCGUGAGAUUAAUGCUCUGCGUGACAACGCUCCAGCUGCUUGUUCUGCUGGCCCACGUUCAGACUGAGAUCUGUUGUGUUUCUGCUAUUGCAUCUUUCCUCAGCAUCUCAUAUUUGAAGGCUAACUAAUACUCCAGACAUGACAUGCUGAGGAGCAGAUGAUUUGGGCAUAGUCAUGGCUAUUAUAUGCUCUAAUUUGCAAUAGAAUUUAGUAUCUGAAAGACACUUGUGCUUCAAGUUAUGUAUGAUUGAUUUUUUUUUUUAAAAAAUAAAAUGUAAAUAUGCUAUAGAAAAUGGUGCCGACCAGCAAUUGAUGAUUACUGCGUAUUUAAGGAAUCGGCGUCUACCCUGAACAUGAUUUUAUCUUGAAGAGGGGCGUCCCAAUUCGCUGCGUCUUUUGUCCAUAAUCUGUACUCUUUCUUUUGUUAUCUUAUGCUGUGAUAUAUACUCCACUUGUGCUA